AUGGGAGACCGUUUCCUGACGAUGAAUGACACUCAAAUAUUAAAUGAAUUGUGCUGAUUGGUAUGGAGAUUUUCUAAUUCAAAAGAAAACAAUAACAUAAGAGUCAGAAAACCUACAAAAAGAAGAACAAAUCACCGUAAGUCUUUAAGCUUUACAACCCCUCUUUAUUUAAUGCAACAGCAAACUGACUCUUCAGAAACCUUAGAUUUUCCCCUCAAAACUUCUCAUAAAAAGUUAUUUUCUAUCAGUUUAACUGACAUUCAUAUACAAAAGCAGCCAAAACAUACUCAUAUAUAAGUAAAUUUGCUUUAUUUUGAUGCUUAUCAGAUCAUUUUAUGUAUUGAGAAUAAGAUCUAGAUGCUAUCAUUACUUUUUAAAGCCAAUAUAAAUAGCUAUAUUAUUUAUACACCUCAGCAGUACUCGUGCAUAAAGUCCACGUUUAUAUCCCUACUGGAAAAAUAUCAAGGAACAACGUGAGUCAAAUAUAAUGAAUUUCAAAGUUUAAUUCACAGUGUAUUAGUAAAACAAUUUUUCCUUGAUUGUUUUAUAAUUAAUAUGGUUGAAGCGAUGAAAUAUGUCCUUGCCGACGUCGCAUCACUGUGGGCGCAAAAUUGGCUUCAUAUCCUAAACCAAGGCUCAGGACCUUUGAUUCUAGCCCUAAGCAUGCUGUAAAGCUGCCAUAUGGAGUGGGUGGCUUUGGAAGUCUGAUGGUAGCCAUUUCAGUCCAAGUAUUAAUUAUCGGAUGGUUUUUAAGCAACGGGCUCUUUUCCCCUGCCGGUUAGGGAGGGCCAUCUUCUUUUUGCAUGGGUGUCACCCUUUUCAGGCAGCCGAAAGGAGUUAUUGGGCUCAUCUUUAGCUCUAUAGUACCUACAAGAUAUUCAGUAGCAAGGAGGUCUUUCUACCCUCGAAACUCAGGGAUCUAGUGCAAGCCCUUCGUCCAGGAAAAGACUACUGUUGAUGGGGCUCGGGUAGCAAUGCUACUCCUCUCAAGCAAGGAUCCAGUGGCAUCAAAUCUGGAAGACCUUGAGACUCUUUCAAUUAAUUAAUUGAUUGUUUUACCUUUGAUCACUCUUUCUGGGCUUUAUUAAUUGAACCCAUCAGCAGUAAGCAAUGAAUUGAUGCAGAAUUAUUCAAAAGCUGCUUGCGCCACUCCAUGGGAAGACAAAACAUUGGAAAAAUUCAACCUUUUUAAAUAAACCUUAAAAAAUUUUUGAUAUCUAAAAAAUUAAUAUAGAAGCAAUUGUCAUGAGAUCUCUAGAUAAUUCUAUUAAAUUUAAAAUUAUAAGCCUUGAGAUUUUUUAAAAUUUCAAGAGAAAAUUAACUCUUCUAUUUUAUGAGCAAAAAAGUUAGCUCACUCAAGGAGGAAGGAGUUAGAAAAUGUCCAGGAAUCUCAUAAUUGAAAUUUAUUUUCUCCCAGAAAAAGCAGUAAAAAAAAGAAAACAUUGUUGCAGACCCAAAAAUAUUUGUGUAAAUAUUAUUUAGUCUUCUUUUCAUUUAUAGAAAAAACUGCAGGUAAUGAAUUAAAUAAAGAAAAUCUAAUGGAAGCAUUGACUAUGGCUAAUAAAGAAGCAAAAUAUCAAACUGACCUAUUAUUGGAUCUUAUUUUUCACAAAUUAAAUGAGUCUCAAAAUUAUCACAUUAAAUUUGUAAAUUUUGAGCAAUAUAAAGAGUUUAUUUCAGGAAAAAACGAGUUCGAAUUCUAA